GUCAGUGUCUUGGAUUUUUUUUUUUUUUUACUUCCAUUUGACAAGGGCAGUGGAUCUGGGUAUGGGCAUUGUUUAUUGCUUUAUCUAUGAUUGAAUAUCCGGGCUAUUUGAUUUUUUUAGUUAAUAUUCUCUGCAUGUGUCCUUUCUGCUCAUAUGUUUUUGGGUAUUUAAACAUUCUUCAGACUGAAUUUGACUUUGAGCAAGUAAAAAUUUGUUCUUGCUGGCAGGACAUUGCAAUGUGUGUUGUUUGCAUGUUAACUACUUUGUUGCAGUUGUUGGCAGUCAAAACUUAUGCUGUCCAAUGUAGCAACUGCAUGAAAUGGAGGUCGAUUGGUACGGAAGAAGAAUAUAUGGAUAUUAGAAGCAAAGUGGAACCAUUUCUAUGUGGUGAUGGCAAAUCCAAUGUGUCUUGCGAGGACCCUGCUGAUGUGGAAAUGAAGGUUGAUGCUUCUCAUAUGUGGGUCAACGACAAGGAUGGCAUUCCUAGAACUCCUGAUGGUUUUAAGAGAAUCAUGGUGCCAAGAAGCGAUUACUCGAAGAUUGAUGUUUAUUACAUUACUCCAAUGGGGAAGAGGGUAAAGUGCUUCAGUGAAUUAAAAGCAUUUAAGGAAACAAAUCCGGAAUAUAAAAAUUUGUCCCUUAGCGAUUUUAAUUUCUCAUCUCCUAAGGUUGUGGAGGGCACUAUUUCCAAGGAUUCUACUGGUGGUAAUGCAUAAGGCUGAAGAAAAAUAGAAUACAUAUGUGUGCGCUUAAGUGGCUUUGAACUUGCCUGCAUUUUAUUGUUGGAGAAUGGCAGCAGUGAGUUUGAAGUCUAUUGCAUGUUUUAUUAUGGUACUGUUAACUGGUUGUCUAUUGUAUGUUUUAUUAUGGUAUCAUUUGCUGUUAUCUGGUUAUCUAUUUAGAUGUUAUUCGGGUUUUUUAAAAGUCUUCUCUAUUA